AUGUUCACACUGGGCGCCUCUAGUUCCGAGUUGGGCAAGCCACAGCAGCACGGCGACCAGCAGCAAACAGCACCGAGGGACCAACUGCAGCUUAGCUCAGGAACCACUGCCAGCCACUCUGCAGCGGCCCAGCCAGCAGCCAGCAGCCAGCAGCGUUCCCAGCCAGCGUCCAUCAGCGGUCCUAGCCAGCGUUCAGGAGCGGUCCCAGCCAGCGUCCAGCAGCGGUUCCUGCCAGCAGCCAGCAGCCAGCGUCCAGCAGCGGUACCAUCCAGCAGCCAGCAGCGGUUCCUGCCAGCGUCCAGCAGCAGUCCCCGCCAGCGUCCAGCAGCCAGCCAGCGUCCAACGUCCAGCGUCCAGCAGCCAGCCAGCGUCCAGCGUCCCACAGCCAGCAGUGUCUGGCAGCAGCAGCAGCAGCGUCCCCACCGGCUGGCCAGCCAAGUCGCCUCCCCCGCCAGCAGCAGCAGCAGCAGAGUGGGGCUUCGGCCCCAGUCUCCUUCAUAG